AGUGACAGUUUUAAUUCUCAACAGAUGUGUUUUGAGUGCGUUAUUUUUUUAUAAACCACAAAAGAAAAUUUAAAUAAAAUACACCGGAUCCUUAAAAAGAGUUAAUUAGGAGCUGACGAGUAAAGGGGAAUUAGUUAGGAUUUUUCGAGCAAACGUUUCGACAACGCCGCAAUUCAUCAGGUGAUACGUCGCGCACGCGCAUCUCGGUAACGUGUAACGGACGCGCCAACAUGGAAUUCGUACGAAACCGGCUCGAGGGCCGUCAUUUCACGCUAAACUCUCCCGAAAUUAGGUUAGUCACCUUGUGCCGGCCAUGCCGUCCGAAAAAAUAGAGAAAGUUGUUAUGAAACCCUUCAAAAUGGAUCCGAUGCAUUCGCAACAGGAGCUAGUUAGGGACCUAGGGCGCGAGAGGACUUUGCGUGACGUUCAUUUUCGCGAGUGGGUCGUCGUUUUCAUAUUGUGUUUCGUCAAUUUGAUCAAUUACAUGGAUAGAUUUACGUUGGCAGGCGUUUUGGACAAAGUACAAAGCCAUUUUCAAAUCAGCAACGACGAGUGCGGGUUAUUACAAACCGCCUUCGUGCUCAGUUACAUGCUCUUCGCCCCGUUGUUCGGGUAUUUGGGCGACAGGUACAGGCGUUCCUGGAUAAUGGGGGCCGGAGUUUUCUUGUGGAGUCUCACCACAUUGGCCGGCUCCUACAUGGAUCACUUCGGAUGGUUCAUUUGCUUCAGGGCGCUGGUGGGCAUCGGCGAGGCUAGUUACUCCACGAUAGCGCCGACGAUUAUUAGCGAUUAUUUCUUGGGGAACAUCAGGUCGAAGAUGUUGGCGUUCUUCUAUUUCGCCAUUCCCGUAGGAAGCGGUUUGGGCUACAUCGUCGGAGCGGAAACGGCGAAGCUGUUGGGCGAAUGGCAAUACGCGUUGAGAGUCACGCCGGUGCUCGGCAUCGCCGCCGUUUUGCUCAUUCUAUUCGUGCUACAAGACCCCGAAAGGGGCCAGAGCGAGUACGUGGCAGGGCACUUGGAGACGACGCCUUGGUUGGAAGAUGUCAAAGACAUCGUGCAAAAUCGGAGUUUCAUGUUAUCAACGGCCGGUUUUACCUGCGUGGCGUUCGUAGCAGGCGCUUUGGCCUGGUGGGGCCCGUCGUUCAUCGAAAAGGGCAUUCGGCUGCACCAAGGCGACGCUGAAGCCUCAGACGUCGCGUACAAAUUCGGCAUCAUAUCGAUGGUGUCGGGCCUGGUCGGCGUGCCGUUCGGCAGCUACGCGGCCCAAAGGCUGCGGCCGCGGUACGCCCGCAUCGACGCGAAUUUGUGCGCCGCGGGGCUGCUCGCCUCGGCCCCUUUGGUCUUCUUGGUUUGCAUCACGGCCCGCACCCAACCGACGUUGUGUUUCGCGCUCGUAUUUUUCGCCGAGUUCUUCUUGAACUUGACGUGGUCGAUCAUCGCCGACAUUCUCAAUACGGCGUUCAUAUUCGGCGCGAUAACGAUGCUGGCGGGCAUAAUUGGUCUGACGUUGGGCGCCGUGUUGAGUCAGUUUUUUAAAAAAAAGUACAAAUUCUUUGAUCCACUGAUAUGCGGCACGGGCCUGCUCUUAUCGGCGCCCUGUCUGUUCGCCGUCACGUACGCGGUCACCUAUAACGUAACCAUUAUGUAUAUCCUCUUGUUCCUCGGUCAAGUCUCGUUGAAUCUAAAUUGGGCUAUAGUCGGUGAUAUUUUACUGUACGUCGUUUUACCUACAAGAAGAUCAACUGCGGAAGGUUUCCAAUUGUUGGUGUCCCACGCUUUCGGCGAUGCGGGAAGUCCCUAUUUAAUCGGCGUGUUAUCUGAAGCGUUCCGGCGCCUCCUGUCGAAGACCUACAACAAGGACAAGCUGACCACGCACGAGGACGCCGAAGUCGAAUUCAAAUCGUUGCAGUACGCCUUGUUUUCCACGUGUUUCGUCGAAAUAUUGGGCGGUUUGUUCUUCCUCAUGACCGCCUUCUACAUCGUGAACGAUAAGAGGAAGGUCGAAGAAGCCGUGUCCACGGGUAACUCGAGCAGUCAGCUGCUGGUCAACCAGGACAACGACCAAAACAUUUCCUGAUCGUUCGUUUACUAAGUAAGAGGCCGCUUCGGGCUCUCGUUUGUAGACUUCGUAACCGCCGAGAAAGAAAAACUAUUUAUAAAUGUAUUUAUUGCGUCGGAUGUUAGUUAAAUGAUGUGUCGUCGUGUUCAGUAACUUUUCGUCGAGAUAAACUAGAAUUUUGUGGAUAUUCGCGUCGAAUUCUGAAUUCCUUCCGUUUAUUUCUAUGUAAAAGAGUGCGGAUUUUGCGUUGUCGAUUUCAUAUGCUUCAAAUGUGUGCUUAAGCGUGGUGAAACAAGUAUUUGAUGUGUAUAUAGACAAAUUUUUCGAAACGAAAAUAAUCUAAUAUCAUAACCGAUUGUAAGGAUCAGGUUGUAGUAACCCACUGGGUUAUCUAUAUCUAUGAGAUUCAUAGGAGAGGAGUACGACUUUUUUUAUUACGAAAAUUCUGUAUUGUUUUUUAAAAAAGUUUUUACCUAACAAAUUAAAAAACUACAAUAACAUAACCCUAGAUACGUCAUAUGUCAUUUAAUGUUAUAUUUCACUUUUGUUCGUUUCUUCUACUCUACCGAACAUUUCGUUUUGUGAUUGGUUAGUGACUUUACACGUCACUUGUCAAAAUUUUAAAAUUAAAAUGCCUACAUUUCCUCAAAUAUUGAAUAUUUGAAAACUGAUUUGAGUUCUAAUGACUUAUUUCUAUUCAUAUAUCUGGUUAAAAACCGUAUCUCACAUCGUACUCCUCUCCACUAACGAGUAACGUGCAAUAAAAUACCUAGUAGCAGGUUUUUACUAACUACUUUGGGCUAUUUUCGUUUCAAUUAUAUCCGGAAAGUCCUUCCACACUUCUCGUAUGCUCUUGAAUUAUUUUUAUUUAGAUAUGGAAACUUCCUAUCGGUUUGAUUACUACAUAUUUGAUUUGUAGGGAUUUCGUGGAUCCUUGGUUGAAAAGACUUGUUGAAAAGAUGUGAUAAAAUUACGUUAUGUACAGGUUAUCGUAACCUAUUGCAAAUCCGAUAAGUUGUAUUAUAACGUAGUUGAGUAUAUCGAGAAAAAAUUGUACUGAAAUAUCACCUCAGAUUGAUUUUAAAAUAAUAUUGUACAUAACGAUUAUUUUAGUGUAUGUUGAUUUUAGAAAAUUAUUAUUUUUCCUAGGUUUAACAGCGAUGUAUGUUUGGUUUUUGGCGACAAAAAAAAAUAUUGCAUGGCGUGAAAAGUGGCUGAAUUUCGAUUAAUUUGAGUCCAGAGUCAAUUAGAGAUUAAAGCUAGAUAAUAAAUAUAGCUCGAGAAUUUUUUAAGCAAAGAACUCCUUCCUCUAGAUUAGGUAUUUUCUACAUGUGAUAAUUAAUUAUUAUAUCAUUAAACUUUUCACCCUAUGUACCUACUACAUAUUUGAAUUUAUAUAUUCUUCAUUCAAGAAAAGAAUUUAGUUGUAAAGCAUCACAUUCUUCUUCAUAUUUUACUCAUUUACAUUGGUUUCUUCGAUUUAGGCGUAAAGAGGCUGCCUGUUGUGGAUUUCAUUACAUUAAAAAAAUAAUAAAAGCGAUAAAAAAACUAAUAAAAACUACUCGAAAUUCGGCUCAAACAUUCAGAAACAGUAUUGGUUUGUUGCGGUGUGCAUUAAAAUUACUAUCGAGUUUAGUUAAUUAAGACUGAAAAAUAUACAGUAUUUGUAUAUUUAUUCUUAAAAAAUAAUGGUAAUGAAAAUGGUGUAUCAAAUUUGUUUUUUUUUUUCGUUUUUUAAAAGCAGAUUUAUAAAAAUAAAAUGUAAAAAUAUCCAAAGUGUCUUUUACUUACUCAUAAACCUAAAAUAGUGUACAAAAUUCGAGUAGAGAGUAGAGUGUAAAGAGUCAAGUGUAGAGAGAAGAGUUUAGAGUGUAGAAAGAAGAGUAUAAAGAGUUGA